GUCGUUCAAAGGGUGGUGAAAGUUUUUGGUAUUCUCUAUGCUGGGGUCCUGUCGAGGCUCAAUCAUUGCAUUAAAAUAAUUGAACUAUUUCAGGAUAUUAAUGGGAUCCGUGGGCUAGGAGAGGAAGAUCUUUAAUAAACAUUAUUGUUCUAAUUAACCGUACUCGUGUGGUUCGGCCGGUGUAAGUAGGUGUUGCCCUUUAAGGGGCGUCUCGGGAUGUUGGUCCGGCCCCACACAGGUGAUUUAGUGAUCAGGGACACUGAAGAAAUGCUCUCUGAGCCGAUUUCGACUUGAUCUUCAGAAACUUGUGAGAGAAGGAAUAAUUCGCGGAAGGAAUGGAGUUUGACAGGAUCAUCCCCCACAUAGGAGGCUUCGGCCGCUGUCACAAAAUGCUGGUGGCUUUCGCCUGCCUCCCCAACCUGCUGGUGGCGUUGAGUUUCUUCAGCAGCGUGUUCCUGACGCUUACCCCGGGCCACCAUUGUCAGCCCGACCCGCAGCUGCUCCCCGAAACCCUGAGAAACCUGUCGGGAGUGCAACUGCUCAACUACAGCCUGCCGCCCCAGACGGACGCCGCCGCCAGCCCGGCCUGGAGCCGCUGCCGGCUCCUCCGAUACCCGUCGUCGGACGGCAGGAGCCGGCCGCUCCCCAACGGCAGCGUCUCGUGCACGCGAGGCUGGCAGUUCGAACGGCUGGUCGGCCUGGAGACCAACGUCGUUACCCAGUGGAAUUUGGUUUGCAAAAACUACUGGAAGGUUCCUUUGGAGGAAGUGGGCUACUCCAUUGGUUGGAUUGUUGGAUUCUUGACCCUUGGAACUGUUGCAGAUGGACUGGGCCGUCGAAGUACAUUCGUUCUUUCGGUAUUUGUAGCAAUUAUUCAACACAUUGGAGUUUUGGUCUCUGUGGAUUUCAUCAUGUUUCUUGUAUUUCAUAUGCUCAGUGGGAUAGCAUUGGCUGGACUCUUCCUGUCUGCAUAUGUUGCAAGGUUGGAAAUGUGUGAUCCACCACACCGACUGAUGAUCAUGAUAAUUGCUGCAUUCUGCACAGUGGCUGGGGAGAUGUUGCUGCCAGGUUUAGCUGAGCUAUGCAAAAACUGGAGAAUUUUGCAGGGUGUUGUCACUGCUCCUUUCCUAAUACUACUGAUCUAUUGGUGCAUUCCAUCUAUGUUCCCAGAGUCUCCACGUUGGCUCCUUGCAACCAGACGGAUUGGGAAGUGUAAGCAAAUACUACGAGGCAUAGCAAUUGGUAAUGGUGUCAAUGUGGAAGAUGAAAUAUACACCCAAUGCACUAUAUUUAAUGAGAUGGAUUCUGUGUUUGAAGAAGCUACACGAUGCCGUUCAUAUACAUUCUGUGAUAUGACUACUGCACAAACUAUUUGGAAGAACAUCUUGAUAUUAGGGUUCACCACGUUCAUUGGCAAUGGAAUCCAACACUGCUUUUCCCAAAACCUUGUUGGUUAUAGCCCCAGGUUCUACUUGAGCUAUUUUGUCAUUGCUGGCGCUGAAGCUGUUGCCCUCAUUUUCCUAUAUUUUACCGUGAACAAGUUUGGCCGACGUGGCAUUCUGCUCUUCUCGACAAUCUUUACUGGGUUGUCUUCACUAUUGUUGCUUGCUCUUGUACAAUACUUGCAUGAAGCUGUUCAUCUGGCUCUUUCCAUCCUGGGCCUUGUUUCAGCUUGUUCUGUUAGUAUACUGAGCAUAUUUUUUGCCAGUGAGGUGGUCCCAACAGUUGUUAGAGGUGCCACUUUAGGCCUCAUCAUGGCAACAGGCUGCAUUGGUAAAGCAACAUCUCCAAUCAUGGAUCUCCAUAAUAAACAUGGCUUCUUUCUUCAUCAUGUAGUUUUUGCCUCUUUUGCGGUCCUCUCGGUAUUGUGCAUCAUGUUGCUUCCAGAGAGCAAACGGAAACUACUACCAGAAUCUUUAAAAGAUGGUGAGAAUCAGAGACGCCCGCCAAUGUUGUUAUCACAGAACAAGGAUAGAGUUCCUUUGCUGCAUUCAAAACAUCAUGGCAAUUAUAAUCCAGAAAACUAUUCAAAGCUUGUUACAGCUACCAAGAAAAUGUUGGCCCAUAACAUUCCUAUUCAGUCACAAGAUCCCACAAUAGAAAGCGUAACCAAGGAGACCAGAGAGUCAGCAACCUAGCAAAUCUUUAUGGUGCAUGAAGAAAUAUAAAAGUACUCUGCUGUGGCAUAUUCUGCACCACACUAAACAGUUACUCAUUGCAGAAUUUGUACAUCUUAAGACCCUAUUUAGGGCAGUUUUGUAAACUGGUUAACAUUUAACAUUUGCUUACUUCCUGAAGUUUAAUUUUCAAUCCCAAGGAUGUUUCUGAAGAUGUACAUUAAUGUGAAGAGAUUGUAAAUUGGGAUCGGGGUAAUAGUAUAAAUAUUUAAUGCACUUUGGGUUGUGUACAUCUUUAGUCAAUUAUGUAAAAAUAGGCUUGUUGUAUACUGCUUUUUGCAAAUAUUUACAAUGGAGUUUUGAUUAUUGCUCUUACUUCACACCCCCUUCCCCACAGUCCACUUAAUUAUAAAAUCUAUUUUAUAUCAACUAUGGUGCUUCGUUGCUAAGUGUGCAAACUAUUUCAGUAUCUGGGCCUGGGCUGACUUGUGUUUGAAAAUCUUUUGGUUUCCUGAAAUCUAAUUCCUUGCCCUUCUAUCCUAUAAUAUAUGAAAAAAUCCUUAUCCUUGUAUGGACAUUUUUUUCACUGAUUGCAAACAAUUUUUUUUUAACUUGUCUAAUUGCUUAUUGUAGUCAAACUGGAAAACUCUGAUUACUUUUCUUGCUGGUUUCACUUAUUUAGAUUAGAUUAAUAAUUAAAGACUACAGUGUAAAUUCAUCAAAUUACCCGACAAAAAUGCUUUACAGGUUUCUUCGGUUCACUUCAGAUGCAACUUUUAUUGUGAUUUGUUGGUCUUUUCUGGAUUCAGGCUUUCACUAGCUGCGUUUCUGGUUAAAACACAUCUGAGGAUAUUGUAUCUCCAUGUACAUUCUUGUCUAGCAAUUAAUUCAACAGAAUGCAUACUUCAUAUUUGCCAGCACAGUUGAGGGCUAGGAUUCAUUAUUACAGCAGAUUCUUGUUAUUGGCUAAUUGACAGUUUAUAUUUUGAAGUAAUUCUUAACAUAGCUGGAGGCUUUCAAGUAAUUUUGAAGACCUUGUACUGGUUUACAGCAUAGGUGAUGAAUCACAAAAGCAGUAUUACUUGAAAGUUUAGAUCAAAUAGCAGCAACCUUCUUUCCAGUGCUUUUUUUUUGUGUAUAUACAAAUUUAGCAGCUGUUUUUCUCUGCUGCCCAUGCAGUAAGGCUCGAUUGGAUAUUGGCCCUAUUAUUCUUAUGAUUACCAGAGGACUAUAUUUCAGUGCAAUCGAAUGUACACACUCUAGGUCACAAUUCUAGGACAAGCAAACUCGAAGUAUUUUUCUGACUUCUGCAGUGAAACAUUGUGGGUUUAUAGUUUGGGUUACUGGAAAGAUAUUCUACAAUAGAACAUUAGCACCUGAAAGAAUCUUCUCCCUGUACUUCUAAAACAAUAUGGGCAAAGUUUGCUGGCUAUGUUCCAAGACCUUUCUGUUCACUUAUCUGUAAUUUUUAUAUUCUGGAGUAAUCAAACUCUUUGAUUGGACAACUAUAGUUGGUACUAAUUUUGACUUCAAAAUGACUUAGUUUUUAAUUUAAUUAGGUUUAAUUAUCUGUAAAUGGCUUGGAUAAAGGAAUAGUUUGCAAAUAAAAUCAAAAUAACAGAAUAACUAAGGAAUAAGUUAGCAGACAAAACUAUGGCAGAUCAAAUUCAAUGUGGGCAAAUGUUGGGUAACUUUGGACUGGAUGCCGAGGUAACUGUAUUUUAUAUACUGGAAACUGGGAAAGCAGAGAGAUAGGAGUGCAAGUGAUUUGGGGAGGGUGGGGAAGAGGAAAUUCGGUGAAAGCUAGUGGACAGUAGAGAAAUACUAGAAUGAAUGGCAUUCAAAUAUAAUGGUUUGGUUUUCAUUUCAGAAUAGCUCACAUAUAUUUAAUAAAAGCAAGUAAUGCUCUGGUU